GCCGCCGCUGGCCCCGCUGCCAUGAGUUGUGCGGAGGUGAUGUAUCACCCCCAGCCGUAUGGAGCGCCCCAGUAUCUGCCCAACCCCGUGGCAGCUGCAACCUGCCCCACAGCCUGCUAUCAUCCGGCGCCCCAACCUGGCCAGCAGAAGUUAGCGGUAUACAGCAAGAUGCAGGACUCACUGGAAGUCACGCUUCCCAGCAAACAAGAGGAGGAGGAGGAGGAGGAGGAUGAGGAGGAGGAGGAGGAGAAAGACCAGCCUGCCGAGAUGGAGUACCUUAACUCUCGCUGUGUCCUUUUCAAUUAUUUCCAGGGAGACAUUGGGUCAGUAGUGGAUGAACACUUCUCAAGAGCUUUGGGCCAAGCCAGCACCUUGCAUCCAGAAUCUGCCAUUUCAAAAAGCAAGAUGGGGCUAACCCCCCUAUGGCGAGACAGCUCAGCUCUCUCAAGCCAGCGGAGUAAUUUUCCAACUUCCUUUUGGACCAGCUCUUACCAGCCUCCACCUGCGCCCUGUUUGGGGGGAGUUCAUCCUGACUUCCAAGUCACUGCACCCCAUGCCACCUUUACAACAACAGACCCCAACUCUUGGCCAGGACAUGGUCUGCAUCAGACUGGCCCUGCCCCACCCCCUACUGUGUCUGAGUCCUGGCACUAUCCUCUGGCAUCUCAGGUGAGCCCGUCCUACAGCCACAUGCAUGACAUGUACAUGCGGCAUCACCACCCUCACGCCCACAUGCAUCACCGCCACCACCAUCACCACCACCACCACCCAACUGCUGGUUCUGCCCUGGAUCCCGCAUAUGGGCCCCUGCUAAUGCCAUCAGUGCGUACUGCCAGGAUUCCUGCUCCCCAGUGUGACAUCACAAAGACAGAUCCGACUACAGUCACCACUGCUACCUCAGCAUGGGCUGGAGCCUUUCACGGAACAGUGGACAUCAUGCCAAGUGUGGGCUUUGAUACAGGUCUUCAGCAUCAGGACAAGAGCAAAGAAUCAGCUUGGUACUGAAGCAUGCUAUUAGCAGACCAUAUUGCAGCCUGAGUCCCAGGUCCCACUGGGAAAAGAUGCCAUGGGGAUUUCCUAUCCAGCAAUGGGACACAGGAAACAUGGAUGGAGAAGGGGACAUAUGAGGCCAUUGUCUUUCGAUUUGAACCUUUUCUGGAGAAAACAGAGUGGGUCCCAGUCAUUGAGGAGAAGCAUUUUGUCUGUUCUCCCUCAUCUGAGCCUUUGUCAGCUGUGCGGCGUCUCAUUUCACUCGCCUUUUACCAGUACGUUGGGUAGUUUUUGUUUGUUUCUUCUUUUUUACUUUGGAACCAGCCGCCUUGUCAAAAGAUGAGCCACCAAAAGAAAAUGCUCAUUCUUUCAGGAAAACCAUUUUGUAGCUCUCUCUUCAUCUAUUUUUGUAGAAAUACAGAAACUUUGGUUGAGCAUGGAGGGGAUAUUUUGGAGGGAUGUAAUUUUUUUUUUUUUUUUUAAUAUUGUAACAGUUGUUGAGUUCUGUUUAAAGAACUUGCUCUCAGAAAAGCACUGGCCAAAACGUGUUGAAGCACAGAUCUUCAAAGUGUCGGUGAUGCGCUGGGUCUGUGCUUCCGAGGGUACCUCAAGGGUUUCAGCCUGUAACAGGGGCACUGCCAUAGACAAACCAGUGCAGCGUUGCAUUUAUAUUGAAUCUCAGUGAAGAUUUAAAUCCAUGCUAUCUCCCUUAGUUUGCAGACACAUAUGUGCAGCUUGAAAAGGCACUUUCUUUGGAAGGGCCACAAAUGAUAGGGUAUUUUAUUACUUUGAUGUCUCCCAAAGAGUUCUAGGAGGUUGGCUAACAAGAAAGUUUAGGUUAAUGAGCCCAAACUUUACAGUCCCUCCCAUCUUAAUAAUUAAGAAUAGAGCUUAUGCAUAGCUCAACACAGGAAAGACAACGCAUUCAGCCAUGAUACCUGUGGAUACCAGUAACUGAUUUUUCUAAUUUCUAACCACUCAUUCGUGGCAAUUUUGGGAAGUCAUACUUGGAAUGAAUUCAUUUCCUGGAAUGAAUUCAAAUGACCAGUAUUAGGAGAGGACGUAGACACGUGACAAAGCGCUGACUGUCCCUCACCAUUGUGACCUGACAAGUCAUGUAUUCUGUAUGUAAUGGUAUAAAUGGAGGAUUUGGCAAUAUUUUAAUUUUCUUUUAAGUGUAAUUAGUUUCUCAAAAAUUACAGAAAAGUAAAAGUGGCAAUAGAUUUAAGUUUAUACUUCAAUUACAGAAACUGGAUUAGAAAUGGAAAGCUUGAGAAGUGAGCCUCGCAUGGCACACAGAUAAAGAGAAAGUGAAGUUGGGAUUAACCUUAAGAGAUUAGGUCAAGGUUGGGAUUAUGAAGGUAGUGCUGACUACCAAAUCAAGGACACAGUCUGUUGUUCCUUUCAUUUGCUCCCAGCCAUCAGUGACAUUGGAGGUGAUUGUAGUGCAGAUGCUAUCAUUUGAUAAUGUUUCUCAAAUUUUCCCAUCUCUCUCAACCCACACAAAACAGAAUGUUGAGAAACGUGCUACUUUCUGGUUUUAAUUGUGUACAUCAUGGGUGUGAAUACUUUACACAUUAACGACCAAACAAGCGGUUCAGCAGAAUUCUCACAGCUCGUUUCCUAACAUUUUCCUUGGCUGUAUCAGGGACAUUAGUUUCUCCUCCAGCUGCAUUUGCAUUAUAAACCCAUGUCCUUGCUUGUCUCCAUAGACUCCAUCAUUUCUUCAUCUUGAUUUUCCUUAACACAGUCUUCAUAUUUUUCCCAAUACAGUCUAGACUUAUGGCACCUUCCACUCACUGGUAUAUAAACUUAAAUGUCCAGACAGUGGCCUCAUUAAAUUCUGUGCAUUUUUAUCUGGACUUUGAUAACAAAAAUUGCUUUAUUUGUUAUCUGCACAAAUAUGUGGACCAUAGAGUUGAAUGAAUCUGUCAAAUUCAUUUUGGCUUGAGUCCUCCUAAGUUUUGAGAACCAAGCUCUCAGCGACUCCCAGGGAGGAGACCCACUGGCUGUUAUCUGGUCUUGCCUCGGAACACACUGACUUACAGUGCAGUCCCUUAGAACAGUGCCACAGUGAGAACUCAAAGAGCUUCUUCCGUUGGCUAUUGCAAGUUGAGAUGAGGCUGAGAGAGCCAACUCUCUGCUUCUUUCUUUGCCAUCAAAUUGGACUGAAAGAGAAAACAGAUAAUUUAGUGGUUUUGCUCUUAUCUCCUCAUAAUGACAGGCAAAACAUUUGGCAUGAGUCCUAAGGAAAACGAAAAAUCUGACUUCUAUUGCAUGCAACAAAGACAUAUACUCUUCCUUAGAGAAUAAGCAUGGAUAUCAAUGGUACACUGUCAUCAAAGGAAUAUAUCAAAAUCUAGUAAAAGGAGAGGGAACCUGUCUAUUGUCCAAGCAUCACUCAAUGUUUUGACAUUACUGUAACAAGCAGAAAUAAUAAAGGGAGCUAAAACAUAGCAUAAUAAAUAAUCUGAAUUCAUGUGCAUGUAAAGUGCUAUUACACUCUGGAUCUGGAUUUCUCACUUCAGAGUAUGACUGCUGUAUUGUAGGGUGGGUACCACCUGCUUCACUCACUUCAUUUGAUCCACCACCUGCCUCACUCACUUCAGUAGAUCCACCACCUGCCUCACUCACUCAUUAGAUCCACCACCUGCCACACUCACUUCAUUAGAUCCACUCUUCCUUUGCCUGUUUUACAAUGUUAGUUUCUUUCAGUCUGUCUGAAAACCUAUAAACUUGACACUGGAAAACUAUAAUUCUAUAUGUAAUCUAUUAUUCCACCAAUGGACUAUCUAAAGUAAGAAACACAGGAUAUUUGAUCUUUCCUUGUGAAUUUGUAAAGAGCCUCUAACGUUUAGAGUCUAAACAUUUUCAUAAAUCAAGAAAGUUAGCUAAUUUUUCAAAUUUUUCUCUUAGCCACUUCUUUUUAAGAUUUGCAUUAUCCUAACUCCCCAAAAUAGUUAUAUUGCCCCCAAACUAUUGAAGAAUACAUUUCUUGAUUUUGGAGGAUUAAAAGAAUGUUCUAGAGGAUGCCUAUAUGAGCUUGUCAUUUAUUUUACAAAUAGUGUUUGUCCAUUUCUAAGCUUGCAGAAUAUGGGAAAGGAAGUAGCUUUAGGCUCACUGUAUGACUGACAGUGGUAGCUGUAAUUUCAAGUGACAGAGAUUACAUUUUUAUAAAUUGCAUUCUGUCCCUUAUGAAAAGAAGCCCGUGUGAACUAGUGUUUGCUGAACUAGCCAGUGGGAGUGACAGUAAGUGAUGGACAAGGCAGGGACACAUGUUAUUGUUUUGACUGAUAGGAGAGUAAGGGAGCAGGAGGGUUCGUGUAAGCUUGGUUCUUCAUUGAAUUCUGACUUAGCCAUGGUUUAUUGGGUGAUUUGGAACUUCACUUAUUUACCUCAUGAUAAAAAUGGGGUAAUCCUACCUAAUAAGAAAGUCUGUGAAAGUUUGAAAACAUACAGAUGUACCUGACUUACAGUAUAGAUGUUCAAAUAACUGACAGCCUCCACAAAUGACCAUCAGUUCAACAAGUUGCUGAUUAAAUUGAACUCAUACUUCAUGUUGCAUAGUCAUUCUUCAGCAGCCAAAUAAACCAGUGACUGCUUUUCUGUAAGGAGUCAUUGCAAAGAGAAUGCAUCUCUCUCAUCUUACGGGGGAAAAAAAGUGUUAACUUCUUAAUUGACUCUGAGUUUUUAAUAUGGUGUUUCUGAAGGAAAGUUAAUUCAACACUUAGUGGUAUGUAGGUUGAGUCUGAGUCAUAUUCAUUCACAACUCUAUACGUUGCUGUCUCCGAAGUUAGGAGGACAGUGUCGUCAAGCCACCUAACUUUGUAUUUGACAGAUAUACAUUGUGUUUCCGUGGCACCGGACUAAGAAUGUUCCUUUUCAUUUACCUCUCCCCCCUUGUUUUGACUUGCCUGGGAGAAAAAGUUGCACAAUAUGGUGGAAAAAAAAUCGCUUGCAUGGAAAGGGAGGGGGAAGCACCCCCUUUACGGUCUCAGUCAGCGGAUUUACUCUAUUUGAGGAAAAAAAAAAACAAAACACAACUUUAUUGGAAGCAGAUGUUGACACUGUGUUGGUUAUUGAAGAUGGAAAGAGUUCGCUCAAUCGCUGCAGUUACAAAGGGGUAUUGAUGGCAGGCGGGAUUCCUGUGAUGGAUCUCCUUCCCAGCUGUGGCAGGACAGCAGAAGCUGCGUGGAACCAAAACUGAAGUCAGCCUGGGAUUUUAAUGUGCAAGAGACACCGAGGACUAAGCUUGUUUGGUGUCUUUUUUUUUUUAACCCUCUCCUGCAGAGUGCAUAAUGGACAUCUUCCAGAUAAUAUUAAGGCAAGAGGGACAAGUGAAAACCAAAUCUCUUUAAAAAAAAAUCUCCAGUUUGAGGAAUCCUUUAAAUCUACCAUUUCAACGUGAAAACUUUGAUGAAAAUGAUUUCAGAAAGAAUAGGCUAACACUUGUGUCACAAACUAGCUGAAACUCAUAUAUAAACUAUAAAAGAAGGAUGGCUUUGGUGUUUGAGGGAUGAAUUGAGCCAGCCAGGCAAACUCAGUUUCGAGAGCUUCACAAUGCUAAUUGCCAUGGUCACGUGGUCAUGGCAGUAGGUCACAGGUCAGACUUGUAGAAUAUUGCAUAGCAUUUUUACACUUAAUGCUUUCUGGGAAUUUUUAAACUAUAAAAUUAGUCAUUAUAGUUAAAUGUAUUAACUUUUAAAUUUCUGUUAUGAGCUUUUAUUUGCUUGAAACAUUUUGUGAUGUGAAAUGAUUAGUCAAGGAAAUAUUCUUGAAGUUUUGACCAGUUUAUAUUUGAUCCAAUGACAUUUUCUACAUCUGCCUUUUAAACCACAAGGAAUUCUAAUAGGUUUAAACGUAAUUUACCAAUUCUCUUGUGCUGUGUAAGUCAAUAGGGACACCUGCUCUUCUAGAAAGGGCCACACCAGCCCCAACAAGUUUCUUUUUGAAUAAUUUCUGACUACUAAAUUUUAGCCUAAGAUUAGUUCCUUUAGAAUAUAAAAUUCUUAAUGAGGUUUUCUUCCUUUUUGCCUAAGAUGUGAACUUUUCUCUUUAUACUAAUAGAGGUAGAUUUUGUUUUGUUUUGUUUUGUUUUGUUCUGUGCUGUGGCUAGAGCCAAAGGUAAUGAUUUUUACACUCUUGAUUUUUUGUGUAGGAGAUGUAUACUUGUGGACAUCCUAUCUGAUUUACAAACACUAUUCCAUAUAGGUAUUUUUCAAGAUGUAUGAUGUAGGGAAACCUUCAUGUGAGUUCUUUGUUUCAUUUUAAAAAUGCAUAUAUUUAAAGGGAAACAUGGAUUCCUUUUGUUUUCAUUGUGUACAGCUAGGUAAGGUGAAAUGCUUUUGUAAAGAGAAAGAUACACAAUAUGAUAAACUUUAUAUUUAUCACUCGAUAAGGUGAACUGAAACUAAUAAUAGGACUCAUAUCUUACAGCAUUGACAUACAGUGAGAUUCCAGGUUUGUUAGUUCGGCGAGAAAUCACCACACCUUGAUUUUACAUUUCCAGAAAGGGAAGUUGAGUAAUCUCUACUAUGCUGUUAUCGUUAACUAAUGAAUAAUGUAUAUUUCUUAAAUCUUGACUUUAUUAUUGUAAAAUCAUAUGAUUUUUUAUUGUUAUACUUCAAAAGCAGGACUCCUCUCUGUGUCACUGAUAUAAAAUCAUGGAAACCUUUGUAAGAGAAAACAGAUGUCAUUUUCUGUAAUUUGCUCAAUAAAUAAUUUAAUGUGACUUUAA